AUGCAUAGUACAUACGUUUUCUAUUCAUGCGCAAUAUACAAUGCUACACCUUUGAUUAGACCAAAUGAUAUCACACAACUCUGGUAUGCUCAUUCCUGCUUAGAUCGAAGAAUUAAUAUGGUUCUUUACGUUUUAAUGUUCUUCCAAUCACUUCUUACUUUCUCUCAAGUCCAAUCAAGGAAAUUGCGCAUUUGUUUUUAUUUUUUGCUCUUGCAUCUUUUUUUUGCUUUUAAUGUUUUGAGAAUUUUACCUGCAGUAGCUCCAAAAUACAAUGCAGUCAUCAUAUGGGCUGCUUUAGCUUCACUUCCUCUUACUCUCUUCCCUUUAGUCUCUUAUUACACUGAGAAAUACGCUUUGUAUUAUUUUAUUGUUUGCAUCAUCUUUAUACCUAUAGCAAUAUUCAUUGCGAAGAAGCUUGUGACUAUUAGAUGCAGAAGGAUCAUAAGAUGCUUUCACGGGAUGAGGGAAUCAGAAGAUGAAGAAGGAGAAGAUAAUAAUUUGGAUCCUCUUUCAGCAGCUAUACUUCAUUUGAAUCAGAACACGAAUGUUGACUUCUUGAAGCUCAAUAUAUCAGGAGAGCAUCAGAUCUCUCUUUACUUGAGAGUUGGAUUUUUAUUUCAUAUCCCUGAAGUAGAAGACCAAAGUUUCAUUAAAUGGUCGAUUGAUCAAACAGUUAAAGCAGAUUUAUUGUUAAGCGCUUGCCAGAUCUCUUAUGCAUUGAAAAAUGACUUUCGAAUGCUUAAUAGUUUAUCUGUUCACGUUGAUAAACUUUCAUCUGUGCCAUUUAAUAGUAGAUCAUUUGCUCUUUUGUUUGAUCUAUUAAGACAAGAACUCUUGACUCAAUUAAACCAGCCAUUAUUGUCAAACAUCCAACAUUGCAAGCAUGAAAGCUAUACAUUGCAAAAUUUCUGUUCAGAGUUCUGGGGCAAUGUCAUUAAACAAAGAAUACAAUGCAUGAAUGACGUAAUUCCUCAAAUUUCAAAUGAAUUUACAAGAACAGAGAACUUAUUCAGAACUUGA